GGCAAUUAAGCCCCCAUAUGGAACCUCUUAGAUUGGCUACCAGACUUAUUCACGCACGAGUGAUUUCCCGGUGAAAUUGGACUUCUCAGUCGCAGAUGGAUGAAAGUUUAAAAACGACGAGGUAACCCGUAAGCAUGGAGGAGGAGGGGGAGUCUGUCGUGAUAUCGGGGGUCUCCUGUCGUCUCCCCGAGUCAGAUAAUGUGGAGGAAUUCCGCAAUCAUCUGAUUAAAGGACAGAAUAUGGUCACCCACACAAGGAACCCAGAAGAUAUUGCUCCUCCAGUUGGAGGUACCAUCAGAGAUUUGACCAAAUUUGAUGCUGGCUUUUUCGGAAUCCCUCCCAAACUGGCUAAUGUCAUGGACCCCCAGUUAAGGAUGCUACUGGAGAUUACAUAUGAAGUGUUUGUUGAUGCUGGUGUGAGCACUGAGGCAAUGAGGGGUUCUAACACUGCUGUUUUUAUUGGAUGUGGACUCUCUGAAGCAUUGGAAGCAUAUGUCAGUGAUCCAGAUCACAUCAAUGCUUAUGCCCCAAUAGGAGCCAGUUCCAGCAUGCUUGCCAACAGGAUUUCUUAUGCUUUUGACUUGAAAGGUCCUAGUUAUGCCUUCAGAAAUGGGAGUGGGACUAGUUUUUUGGCACUAGAUAGGGCCCUGGAUAGCAUACGUCAGGGUCGAUGUGAUGCGGCCAUUGUUGGGGCCUGUAACCUGUGUAUGAAGGCGGCCACUUCCUUCCAGCUGAUGAUGCUGGACUUAUUGUCUCCUGAUGGAAAAUGCUGUUGUUGUGAUACCAACAGUUGUGGUACAAAUAGAAGUGAUGGAGUAGUUGUCGUGCUGCUUCAAAAGCGCAGGUCUGCCAAAAGAAUCUACUCCACCAUAAGGCACCUCAAAUGUUCCUCUAUGAAAAAACCCUAUUACCCAUCACAUGAAGAGGAGAAGAAGCUUUUCAAGGAAGUUUAUGAAAAAGGCAAUGUUGAUCCAACUAAAGUGAGCUAUGUUGAAAUCAAUGGCAGCUGUAAUGUUAAGGCAGAUGCACAGGAAGUGAACAGUGUAGCAGACAUAUUCUGCAGAAAUAGGGAGAGACCUCUGAUGAUUGGUUCUGUCAAGACAAAUGUAGGAGACACAGAAACGGCUUCAGGCUUAGUCUCCAUUCUCAAAGUGUUGCUAGCAGCCCAGGAUGGGAUGAUGCCUGCAAAUCUUCAUGUCAACUCCCUUAACCCCUUAAUUCCAUCUCUCUCAGAUGGACGAAUAAAUUACCUGACUGAGAGAACUAGAUGGUCACCUACAAUUGUGGGGGUCAACUGUUAUGGAAUGGGCCAUUUGAAUGGUCACUGCAUAUUAGACUUUACACAGAAUCCCACUCAUGUCGAAAAAUCAAGGGAGAAAAGAUUGGCUGUUUUCUCUGCUACUACUGAACAUGGGGUUGGAUCAAUAUUGGGACACUUAGAAAAGAACUCAGCAAAUUUAGCUCUUCAUAGCCUGCUGAAUGAGAAUUCCAAAUCUCCUCCAGUCCAGCAUCAGUUCAGAGGUUUCACCAUUUUGAAUUCAGUGCUGAAAUGUCAGGAAGUACAGAGAUGUUUGGACACAAACUGCCCGCUCUGGUACAUUUUCUCUGGUAUGGGAUCACAGUGGCCCUCAAUGGGGAGGAAAAUGAUGCAGAUGAACAUCUUCAAACAGUCCAUUAUGAAUUGUGACUCCAUUCUACAAAGUCAUGGAGUAUCUCUGUAUGAUAUCAUCAUGAAAGGUGGAGAUAGUAUCUACGAUAAAUGUCUGAAUUCUUUCCUUGGAAUCACUUCCAUCCAGAUAGCCAUGGUGGACAUGUUGAGGAGCAUUGGUAUGGAGCCUGAUGGUAUAGUGGGACACUCGGUGGGGGAGCUGGGGUGUGGGUAUGCUGAUGGCUCCCUCACUGCUGAGGAGACUCUACUGGCCGCUUACUGGAGGGGGAGGUGUAUCCUGGAGGCAGACCUCCCCACAGGGGGAAUGGCAGCUGUUGGCCUUACAUGGAAGGAAGCUAAGGAGCAGUGUCCCAGUGGAGUGGUUCCGGCUUGUCACAACACUGAGCACACUGUCACCAUUUCUGGACCUCUGAAGGAUGUGCAGGAGUUUGUGAAGACCCUGAAGGAAAGAGGGGUGUUUGCCAGGGAAGUCAACAGCUCAGGGGUAGCCUUCCACUCCUACUUCAUGGAGAAAGUGGCUCCACUGAUAACAGAAAAUCUAAAAGAGGUAAUAGUGCCAAAGAAGAGGAGUAAGAAGUGGAUAAGCUCAUCCAUUCCAGAAUCUGAGUGGUCCUCAGAUCUUGCUCAGAUGUCGUCUGCUGAUUACAUCGCCAACAAUGUGACACACCCAGUGUUGUUCCAGGAAGCUUUGAAGCACAUUCCAGAUGGUGCUGUUGUCCUGGAGAUAGCUCCUCACUGUCUGCUGCAGGCUGUACUGAAAAGGUCACUGGGGUCAAAGUGCACAGUCAUACCUCUAAUGCAAAAAGACAAUGAGGAUAACUCAGAUUUCUUUUUGUCUAACAUUGGAAGGUGCUUUAACUCUGGCAUCAACAUCAACCCUCUUGGAAUGUUUGAUCCUCCCACCUUCCCUGUCCCCUCAAACACCCCAAACCUCUCCUCCUACAUCCGAUGGGAUCACUCCACCUCUUGGCAGAUCCCCCAGCAGGAGGACUUCCUCAGCGGACAGUCAGGCCGGCAGACAGAGGCCGAGUUUGAGAUUGACGUCUCACCCGAGAGUAGGGACAACUUCCUGGUGGAUCACUGUAUUGAUGGCCGGGCUCUAUUUCCUGCCACAGGGUAUCUGGUCCUGGGCUGGAAGAUCCUGGCUAAAUCAAAGGGGCUGCUCUAUGAUAGGAUGUCUGUGGAGUUUAAGAAUUUUAGCAUACAUAGAGCUACUGUCCUUCCUUCUGUAGGUGUGGUUAAGUUUACAGUCUCUUUAAUACCUUCCACUGGGGACUUUGAGGUUUGUGAGGGAGGGACCCUGGUGGCUAGAGGGGUAGUGGAGGCUCCCUAUAAGCCCCUCACAACCCUGAGUGAUGAAACAGAGUAUGUCCUGUCACCAAGUAAACAGACCAAAAACGUCACACCAGAACUAAGCUUGGAGGAAGUCUACAGGGAGUUUAAACUACGAGGAUACGAAUAUGGAGCCAAGUUCUGUGGAAUACUUAAAGCCACAGUAAAUGGUGAAGAAGGACACCUGCUAUGGGAGAAUAACUGGGUGGCUUUCUUGGACACCAUCAUGCAGAUGAGUCUUCUGAGUCAGCCUGGAAAUCAUUUGAUCCUCCCCACUGGAAUAAAGUAUUUAUCCAUCAACCCACUGCAACACAAGAAUAAGGUCUUACCCAUAACUGGAAACAAAAGUGGAGUAUUGGUGAAAGUUUAUAAGUAUGCUGAUACCACAGUGUCUGGAGGAGUAGAAAUGCAGGGCUUGGUCACCAGGAGGGCACCUGUUAGGAGGACCCAGGAACCCCCAGUCCUGGAGGAGCAUGUCUUUGUACCUUAUGUGGAGGAGGGCACAGAUUCCUUAGUCACAGCCAGUCUACAGAGGUACUGCCAGAUCUGUGUUGAACAAGUGAAACAGGUGCUGAAGAAGUUACAAAAUCAAGGACUGUUGGCACAGGGAAAUUCUUUUCUGACUUCUUGUGAAAAAGAGUCCAGGGAAGAGGAUAAUAAGCAAAUGGAAGAGGACAUUCAGAUUUUCAGGAAGAAGAUGGACUGUGUUUUGCUACAGACAUUACUGAAGGUGAAUUCUGUGGACCAAAAUGAUAACUUUAUGACAAAUGUUAAGAAUAUUCUCUCAGCAUUUAAAGGUGACCUGUUGAAGGACAGACUAUUGUCAAAUCACUUGCAAGCAAGGUUUUUGAAGACAUGCAUUGAUGUGGCAAUAGAAAACUCAGAAAAUCACCUGAAAGUUCUAGAGGUGCAGAUUGCUGAAGCAGGACUUUACAAACAAGUACUGAAUUACCUGAAGGUUUCCCCUGGUCUACAUUACAGCUACACAGUGGCUAGUGCUUCAGUGAAAAGUAUUAUUGAAUUAGAAAUUCCCUCAACAGAGAUUGAUUCCAUUCAGUGGGAUAUUGGGGAGAAGCAUGUGAAGGAGGAAGAAUAUGAUUUGGUAAUUGUCAGUGACAUUUUGCAUGAACAGAAAAAUGCAGAAAAAGCAGUAGCAAAUCUUCAUCAAGUGAUAAAAGAAAAUGGUUUUCUAUUGGUUACUGAAAUUACCCACAAUGCAAUUUUGCCAAAGACUUUGGACAUCAUCAAUUUUAGCUCCAAAGAGCCUGCAGGAGAACCCCAAUACAUGUCUGAAACGGAGUGGGAGACAUUGUUUGAGAAGAGUGGUUUUUGUCUUGUGGCUAAAAAAAGUGAUUGUCUGUUGAUGACCACUUUCUUGCUAAGAAAGAUGUGUCAAGAACCUGAGGGUAAAGUUUUAUCAGUUAGUGGCUCUCACAGCUCAUGGCUCAGCAGACUGAAAGAAGAAGUAGCUGCCAUUCAAGAGAAGUCCAUUGGAUACAAUUUAUGGUUGACUACUGAUUCAGUGGAGCCUUCUGGCAUUGUGGGAAUGGUCAAGUGUCUGAGGAAAGAGCCAGGAGGGGAGAGGGUAAGGUGUAUUUACAAGAUGGAUCACAGUUCAACUCUUACUAAGGUGCCAGAGUCUUUGAAGAGUAAAGAUUUGGUCAUGAACAUCAUGAGAAAAGGAAAAUGGGGUUCUUAUAGACACAUUCCAGUCACUAAUGAAAAUCAGGUCCCCAGAAAGAGUGAUAGGUGUUUUAUGACCCAAGCCCAGUCUGGUAAGGGCUUUGUGUGGAGAGAGCUGCCAAUGGAGUCAGAGAACAAAACAGAAGAUACUGAGGUGUGUCAGGUGUUCUAUGCUUCACUGAACACAAAGGAUCGAUACAGGGACCAGAGGGGACCAGGACUCGGGAGUGAGUUUGCAGGAAUCACCAGCAGUGGACGAAGGGUCAUGGGACUACACUGUCCAGCAGUGGCAACAAUUGCAGUUGUAGAGAAAAGGUUUUUAGCUGAUGUACCUGAGGACUGGUCCCUACAGGAGGCUUCCUGUGCAUUAUGGGCUUAUGGGAUAGCUAUUAAGGCUCUGAUUUUGGAAGGAAAAGAGUCUGCAGGAACAAAAGUUUUAAUCUGUGAGGGUCACACUGAUAUUGGUAUAGCUGCCUUGUCAGUGGCCUGUAGUUUGAAUUGCAGUGUUUUCGUUACUGUCCCCUCCGCAGAAAAAAAGAACUACAUCCAGACCUUCUUUACAAAACUGAAUCCCAGCCAAGUAGUUGUCGUGGAGGAACCUUCCAUGCCCGAGUUUGAAAUCUUACGGCAUACUGAUGGGAAAGGUGUGGAUCUUGUGAUGAAUACUGCUCUGGACAGAUCACUGUCAGUUGAUGUCAGCAUCUUGUCCUCUGGUGGAAAAGUGAUGGAUUUUGCUCAAAAUGCAGUGCAGAAAAAUGUGGUCAGAAUAGUUGAUGCUAUGGAGUACAAGAAAUUGGACUUGGAAAAAAUUAAAAUUGAUGACUUCCAGGUGAUAUUGGAACACUUUUCUAGAGGAGUAAAGUCAGGGGCUUACAAGCCAAUCCCUCACAAAUGCUUCAACAGUGACGAUAUACAGAGAGCUAUGACAGAUCUAGAAACAAUGAAGGGAUAUCAUUCUAAAACUGUUAUUAAGAUCCGGGAUGAGAAAGACCAAGUUGGCAAACCUGUGGACUCAGUCUUAAAACCAGUUCUAAGCACAGCUGGAUGUCAUCCAGACAAAAUCUACAUCAUAACAGGAGGAUUGGGAGGUUUUGGUCUGGAGCUGGCUAACUGGUUAGUAGACAAAGGAGCCAGAAAGCUGGUUCUCACAUCCAGAUCUGGAAUCAGGACCGGGUACCAGGCAAGAAAGGUCAGGCUUCUGAAGGAGCAGGGAGUGGUGUCUGUGUUGACUGAAGACAUGACAUCAGAAGGAGGUUGUCGCUGUCUGAUAGAGGAGGCCAUGAAACAAGGACCUGUGGGAGGAAUAUUUCAUCUGGCAAUGGUGUUGAGGGAUGGUAUGCUUGAAAACCAGACCAAUGAAAAUUUCAAAGAUGUCCUUGAUCCAAAGGUUCUGGGUGUUGUUCAUCUGGACAACUGGAGCAGGACCUUGUGUAAGGAUCUGGAUUGGUUUGUUGUCUUCUCUUCAGUGACCAGUGGCAGAGGCAAUGCUGGUCAGACUAACUAUGGUUAUGCCAACUCAUUUAUGGAGAGGAUCUGUGAACAGAGGCAAGCAAAUGGAUUUCCAGCUCUAGCUAUCCAGUGGGGUGUGAUAGGAGAUGUGGGUGUGGCAGUUGAGAAGUUUGGGACCAAGGUAACAGCUGUAGGAGGGACCCUGCCCCAGAGAAUGUCUUCCUGUCUGGACUCCCUUGACCAGUUCCUUUGCCAGUCUAAACCAGUGGUGUCCAGUUUUGUUCCAGCUCCAGUGUCCAUGAAAGCAAGAGCACAGGAAGACAAAUCUGAAAGGACAUUAAUGGAAUCUGUCAUGAAAGUCUUGGGUUUAAAAGAUCCUGCAGCUUUGAGACCAGAGUCCACACUUCUAGAUCUUGGUAUGGAUUCAUUAAUGGGAGUAGAAAUCAAACAAAUCAUGGACAAUCAGUAUAACAUUGAUCUGGCUGUCCCAAAUAUCAGGAAACUAACCAUUCAAAAACUCAGAGACAUGUCUGAGGCCAAGAGUGGAGGUAAACAAGAGACUGAUAUCAACCUGAAUGAGGUCAAGGAGGAGAAUGCAAACAUAAAUAUAGAGCUGGAGGAGACGAAUUCAUUCAGCAUUCCCUUGGAUUGUGUGGUUCAGCUAUCUCCAGGACAACCAGACAAAACCUCCAUUAUCAUCCUACAUGGCUUAGAUGGUACUUUUGGAUCAUGGAAGUCACUUGGUCAGUUCCUAGACAACCCACUAUAUGGAGUUCAGUGUACCCCAACAACUCCUUUGGUAUCAGUGAAAGCAAUGGCAGGAUUCUAUAUUACAAAAUUGGCUCCUCUUCUGGAGAAGGGGUGUUUCCUUGUUGGAGUGUCCUAUGGAUCUCUGUUGGCUUUACACCUUGCUCAGAUGGUCCAGACAUACUGGAAGUCUGCUGUAUGUAAGAUAGUUGCUGUAGACAGCAGUCCUGAGGUACUGCCAGAUCUGUGUGGGCAGACACUGAGGGAACAGAGACACCUGAGUGCCAGUAUGUGUGAUGAUGUCAUUCUACAGAGCUUCCAUCAACUUGUUGGACUGGAUACAUAUAAUUACCAGAUGGAGACUUCCUUACAUGAGAAGCUGAGACAGACGGUCCAUGCUGUGAUAGAUGCCGGCCUGGUGACCAGUGCUUCUGAUGCUUCCUACACCAUACAGAACUACCACAAGAGGGCGCUCAAUGCCAUGCAUGACCACCCCCCUACUGUACAGUGUGAUGUCAUUCUCAUCAGACCUCAAUAUUCAGGGUUUAAAUUUUGCCAGUUGUAUAAUGACUACAAAUGGAGUGAGCACUGCAAUGGAAAGGUGACUGUUCACAUGAUUGACUUUACACAUGAAGAAUUUGGAAGGAACAAAGAGUCCUUUAGAGAAGUGGCCAACAUCCUCAAACUUGCACAAUUCUUGGACAGUGUAUAACAUUUUCUGUCAUUAAUCAGCCAGAAAUAUGUGCUAUAUUGUUUUGCUCAAUUAUUUGGUGUACAAAAUUAUUAA